GACAACAGGUUAUUUACCUUGAACAUCGUUGCAGACCGAAAUAUCAACAUGACGCCAUUGAUAGUCGGUCUCUGCCUGGCCGUACUGGGGGUUAUGGUGUCAGGACAAGGCUCCUUCGCUCGCCAAAACUACUUCCCUAUUGCGAAUCGGCGGCCCUACAGGCAAUAUCAACAUUUCUACCCGCCACAAAUAUAUUUCGACCACCCAGGCCACUUUCCACUGCACGGGAAGCACGACGGCCAAUACCCAACGCACGGGAAGAAACAAGGCCACUCCCCGCCACAAAUAUAUUUCGACCACCAAGGCCACUUUCCACUGCACGGGAAGCACGACGGCCAAUAUCCAACGCACGGGAAGCACGACGGCCAAUACCCAACGCACGGGAAGCAAGAAGGCGAAUACCCAACGCACGGGAAGAAACAAGCCCACUACCCAUCGCACGGGAAGCAGGACGGCCAAUACCCUACGCACGGGAAGAAACAAGGCCACUACCCAACGCACGGGAAGCACGACGGCCAAUACCCAACGCACGGGAAGAAACAGGGCCACUACCCAACGCACGGGAAGAAACAAGGCCACUUCCCAACGCACGGGAAGCAAGAAGGCCAAUACCCAACGCACGGGAAGAAACAAGGCCACUACCCAACGCACGGGAAGCACGACAGCCAAUACCCAACACACGGGAAGAAACAAGGGCAAUACCCACCGCACGGGAAACAACAAGGCCAAUACCCACCGUACGGGACGCAACAAGGCCAAUACCCACCGUACGGGAAGCACCAAGGCGAAUACCCACCGUACGGGAAACAACAAGGCCAAUACCCACCGCACGGGAAGCACGACAGCCAAUACCCAACACACGGGAAGAAACAAGGGCAAUACCCACCGCACGGGAAACAACAAGGCCAAUACCCACCGUACGGGACGCAACAAGGCCAAUACCCACCGUACGGGAAGCACCAAGGCCAAUACCCACCGUACGGAAAACAACAAGGCCAAUACCCACCGCACGGGAAGCAACAAGGGCAAUACCCACCGCACGGGAAACAACAAGGCCAAUACCCACCGCACGGGAAGCAACAAGGACAAUACCCAACGCACGGGAAGCAAAAAGGACAAUACCCAACGCACGGAAAGCAACAAGGCAAAUACCCACCGCACGAGAAACAACAAGGCCACUACCCACCGUACGAGAAGCAAGGAGGCCACUACCCAACGCACGGGAAGCAACAAGGCCACUACCCAACGAACGGGAAGCAUCAAGACCACUACCCAACACACGGGAAGCAACAAGACCAAUAUCCACCGCACGGGAAGCAACAAGGCCAAUACCCACCGCACGGGAAGCAACAAGGACAAUACCCAACGCACGGGAAGCAACAAGGACAAUACCCAAUGCACGGAAUGCAACAAGGCCAAUACCCACCGCACGGGAAACAACAAGGCCAAUACCUACCACACGGGAAGCAACAAGGCCAAUACCCACCGCACGGGAAGCAACAGCCAAACCAGCGUAAACACGGUCAAACUCAGGAAAAGAAUAUCAAGAAACACGAACAUAAGACCAAGAAGCAAAAAUAUUAUCAGAAACAUGUGAAGAAUCCCUCCUAUACGCAACAUGGACAAGAACCUCACUUUACUCCAAAAGGGCAUCAGCAACUCGACUCUCCUCCACAAGGGCAUCAUAACCCCUACUAUCCUCCACGAGGGCAUCAUAACCCCUACUAUCCUCCACAAGGGCAUCAGCAACUCCACUCUCCUCCACAAGGGCAUCAUAACCCCUACUAUCCUCCACAAGGGCAUCAGCAUCCCAUCUAUCCUCCACAAGGGCAUCAGCAACUCCACUCUCCUCCGCAAGGGCAUCAUAACCCCUACUAUCCUCCACAAGGGCAUCAGCAUCCCAUAUAUCCUCCACAAGGGCAUCAGCAUCCCAUCUUUCCACCACAAGGGCAUCAGCAUCCCCUCUAUUCUCCACUAAGGCGUCAGCACCCCUACUACCCUCCACAAGGGCAUCGGCAUCCUCACUCUUCUCCACUAGGGUAUAAACAAACACCACAGGGACAUAAGGUACUCCCUCCCCCAACACAAGGGUAUAAGGAGCUUCAUUCCCCACCGCCACAAAAGCAUCCGGAGCCUCUUUCCCCACCGCCACAAGAGCAUACCGUGCUUAAUUCCCCACCGCCACAAGAGCAUACCGAGGUUAAUUCCCCACCGCCACAAGAGCAUACGGAGCUUAAUUCCCCACCGCCGCAAGAGCAUACGGAUCUUAAUACCCCAUCACCACAAGAGCAUAUGGAGCUUAAUUCCCCACCGCCAAAAGAGCAAACCGGGCUUAAUUCCCCACCGCCACAAGAGCAUACGGAGCUUAAUUCUCCAUCCCCACAAGAGCAUACGGAGCUCAAUUCCCCACCGACACAAGAGCAAACCGGGCUUAAUUCCCCACCGCCACAAGAGCAAACCAGGCUUAAUUCCCUACCCCCACAAGAGCAUACGGAGCUUCAUUCCCUACCGCAACAAAAGGAUACGGAGCUUCAUCCCCCACCGCCACAAGAGAAUAAAGAAGUCCAUUCCACUCUGCAAAACGAACAGACUGUGGAUCCAAACAAGGGUAUCAACGAUCCUAAUCAAGUUGAAACGAUCAACGCUCCCAGUCAAGUUGAAACGAAACGUGCACGUGGAUUAUUUGGAUAAAUAUAACACAUCCCGAGUGAGUGAGUUAAAAUGUACAAAAUAAUAAUUUAACGUCGCAUCGGCAUUUUGUUGGCCAUAUAGUGACUUCUUAUCCUGAGCAAAAACGGAUAUGAAAUUGUCACAUGUGUACUUUAAAAAAAUAAAUUGCAGGGCAUCAAACAAAAUACGAUGCAAGUU